AAAUGUAAAUUUCAAGAAAUUGAUGGUAUUAGGGAGGUACAUUUUUUGUUCAGUUUUUCUGAAACAUAGAAAUAUUGCAUGCACCACUUCAAAAAAAGUAAACUUUGGACAUUUCAAUUCAGAAAAGCUCACUGUAGCCAAAGUUACUCACCGUCUUCUUGUUUUCUGUUCUUUCUAUAGUUUUCCUCAACAUGAGUGCAUGAGAAAUAGGUGGCGUUCAAGUUGUCUUUGUCAGGUGGCGCACCAGUAUGGGAGCCAAAUAGGUUCCAUUGGACCUGUUCCAUUAGAGCUGCGGGAGGGUCGUAGAAAUAGUGGACUAGAUAGUCUAGCAGCAACAGUAGCCUAGACAGAGCCAUAGGUAGUGUUGUCUCUAGUGUGCU